UCUCUCUUUUGUUGUUCAUGAUGUUUUUAUUUACCUCUGCUCGCGACACAAUCUAUGCUUUAACAUCGUGCUGUUUUCCUAAUCCCACUAUCCGAAUCAAUAAAAAGAAUUAUAAAGUCAUCAAUCUACUUGGAGAAGGUGGGUAUUCUUUUGUGUAUUUAGUACAAGAUGAAUCGAGUCGACAACUCUAUGCUUUAAAGAAGAUUCGCUGUCCAGUUGGAGAUAGAACAUUAACUGAUGUUAUGCAUGAGAUUGACAUGUACAAGAAGUUUAAAAGUGAAUAUACUAUUCAACUUGUUGAUACAAGUAUAGUUACAGACUCAGAUGGGACAAAGACUGUCUAUAUCUUUCUACCUUAUUAUAAAAGAGGCAACCUUCAAGACAAUAUUAAUGCAAACAAUGUCAACAAAUCAUUUUUCCCUGAAAGAGACUUGCUUGAAUUCUUUCUCAAAGUGUGUUUUGCACUAAAAGUACUACAUACGCUAAUGCCUUCAGCAGACAACACCAGUGAUUGUAUGCCCUAUGCUCAUCGUGAUUUAAAACCGGGGAAUAUUCUUAUAUCGGAUGAUGGCAAAACACCGAUUUUGAUGGAUUUCGGGUCAGUUUCAAAAGCACGCAUUCCUAUCCAUUCAAGGCAAGAUGCGUUAUUACAACAAGACAUUGCAGCCGAGAAUUCAACCAUUCCCUACCGAGCACCCGAACUAUUUGAUGUGCAGACAGGAACCACAUUGGAUGAAAAAGUAGAUAUUUGGAGUCUAGGAUGUACUGUGUAUGCAGCAGCGUAUGGCCAAAACCCAUUUGAGGCAAGUGUCAAUGAAAUGGGUGGCUCACUUGCCUUGGCUAUUUUGAAUAGUAAUUACAAAUUUCCAACUGACAAAGAACAAGAUGACCCCUAUAGUGACGAAUUCAAAAACUUCAUUCGGUUCUUACUGGUCAAUGAUCCUAAAGAUAGACCUGACAUCAACCAAGUCAUUGCAAAGCUAGAAUCAUUACUAAAUAAAUAAAUCAAUAAAAAAAAAAGGGCUGCAGCAAUGUUUUAUACACAGAAAGCGCAGUACACCUGUCAGUGCCACUUUGCCACAAUGACAAUGAGG